UUAAAUUAAUUCAGUUUGCCAGUGUUUCUGUAAGUGAGUGAGUGAUUAGUUUACUUCAAUGGCGCUUUCCUGGAUUCUCCCAGCACUUCUCUUUGCUUUGGUUCUUGCAAAUGUCGAGACCUCCACAUGCCAAGUUCUGAAGGGCAAGGUCACUUGCCUUGAUUGCCAUCAAAACUAUGAUUUCUCAGAAAUCAAGGUUUUGGUGAAGUGUGACAAAGUGAAGAAGUUGGCAAUGGCAAUAACAGAAAAGGAUGGCUCUUUUGAAGCAAAGCUCCCAUCAAACAACAACCCUAAAACUCCAGAAGCUAUGAACUGCCUCGCCAGGAUUCUUGGAGGACCAGAUCAGCUCUAUUCCUCCAGGAAAUUCUUGGCAUCUGAGAUUGUCAAGACCCAAGACUCCAACACUUACACCACUUCAACUCCUCUUGGUUUCUCUACAUCAUGCCCUUUGAACAUCAAAGAUGCAGCCUGUAAAGCCAUAAACAAGUUUGGUUCAUCCAAGACUAUUGAUGUGCCUCUACCACCAGGGUGGGGGUUGGCACCCUCAAGCUAUUAUGUUCCUUUCAUCCCCAUCAUUGGGAUACCUUAAGUAUUUUGAGUGCGAAGAAGCACGUUAUAAUUAAGCUGCAGAAUUCUAUAUUAUGGUUUAAUUUUAUUUAUUUUCUUUCUUGUCUCCACUAUAGCAUGUGGCGAGUGUUUUAGUGUGUGUUUUUAUUUAUUUGUUCUUUUUUCCUUUCUGGGAUGUAAACCUAGGAGGUACAAUGUAUUAAGCAAUCAGAACAAGGUUGAUUUACCAAUAUUAAACAAGUAAUAUUACUGCAUUCUCAGUAUUUUCAAGCA